GUUAUGGAGACUUCAAAUGAUCAGUCCGUGGUUGGAGUCCAGAAUUAUUUGGAGAAGGCAGCGCAGAACCUAAAACCUGUUGUUCCCAUCAAGUUCCACAUCUCCAGCCGUACCGAUGCUGGCGUCCAUGCACUCUGCAACUCUGCUCAUUUUGACAUCCAGAGGGCACCGGGGAAGCCAGCUUUGAAUGAGAAACAGCUCAUCUACAGUCUUAAUUACCACCUGAAGUCUGAGCCAAUCCGCAUUUUGAAUGUCUGUCGAGUGACCAGUAGCUUCCAUGCACGCUUCUCUGCACUGUCAAGAACCUACAUUUAUCGGCUGUUGAUGGGCUGCACUCAUUAUUCUGAAGUACCAGUGUUUGAAAAGGAUCUCUGCUGGGCGCCUGUGGGAGGCUGCUUGAAUGUGACUGCCAUGCAGGAUGCUGCACAGUUCCUGCUGGGAACCCACGACUUCAGCACCUUUCGCUCACUUAACUCUGAAACACCUUUCCAGUCUCCGGUCAGAACUAUCCUCCAGGCAGAUAUCCAGCCUUCUUCUGGUUUCCUGUCCCACCAUUAUCAACGCAGGGGACUGGAGUUUUGGGAGUUGCAGUUCAGGAGCAGAUCGUUUCUCUACCGGCAGGUCCGAAGAAUGGUUGGGGCUCUAGUUGCAGUUGGCCAGGGAAAGUUAACACCUCAUCAUAUAAAGGAGUUACUGGAGAGAAAAGAUUCACGGGCUUUUCCACCAAACGCCAUGGCUCCGCCAUCCGGACUCUUUCUAAAAUCAGUGGAAUAUAAUAAAGCAGAUUUGGACACUACAGUUGACCCAGGAGAAUAG